AUGGGUUCGGUUCAAGAAGAAAAACCUGCUGAAAGUGUAGCUAAAACACACGUACGCGAGCUACGGAAUACUGAACUCGUUUCUCGCUUAUUAGCGGCAACGCCGCCAUACCUUUAUAGCGCUUUACCGCUUCAACCGCACGCGUUUUUCUUCAGCGAGAUGCUAAGAUCGUUUGUGAACGCUCGUCAUGGGUGUCGACCACCGCAUUACCAUCGUCGUUUCAAGCGUCGGUCUCAUAAAUAUUUUGCUGAAAAUGAAACUGAAUGGAGACGCGAUUGGCCGAAGCAAGAUGACGAUAAAAAGGAACCAGAAAUACGUCCAGAAGUUCCACUUGAGCUUACCGUGGACAAGCAGCCGCGAGUUUGUGAUCAGUCUCCUAGAAGACUGUCACCCAAAACUGAGCCCCCUAAGCCAAGUAGCCCUGGACCGCCUGGCAGACAUUCAACGUUUGUAGAUGUUGGCACAGAGGAACUUCCUAAGCCCGCUCCAUGUGUUCCUCCUGGAAGGAAUCCCGUCGAGGCAAAUGCCGUUCCUCCUUCGAAUUUGAUACUACCCCCACCUCCACCUAUGUGGUAUCCACCGCUUUACAAUCCUCAAUUCGGUGUAGAUCCACUCAAUUUCUUCAUUGAUUUACGCGUUUCUGGUCAUAUUUAUGACAGAAAAAGGGCCAUGUCAGAAGCAAUAGAUCCAAAUAGUGGUCCAGAAGUGAGGAAUGAUGAGUCUAAUAUAGAGAAAAGACUCGGAAAAGAUUUUGGUCAAAAACCUAGACAUUUAUCUGCUUUUUCUGUUCCCGUUCGUUCUAGUCAUAGCCAAGUUGAUGGACCAGAAAAAUUCUUUGAACGUAGUAAUAGAUUCUUGGGAAAACCAAACGGGACGUCGUAUAUAAUGAGAAAUUUAAAGAGCGUGUAUGAAAAUCUACAUUCUGUUGAACAAAAUGAUGGUUUAAAAGAAAAAAAUGAAGAUACCAAAGGCGAAUCAUCAGAUUUGGAGGACGAUAUUAUGGACUGA